UUGUGUCAAGGAGAGAGGUGGUACUCUAGCAUAUCUGACCCAACCAGGGGUCUAUUCACAGAUAACUGUGCCCACAGAGGUGGAAUAGACAUACCUAGCCUUGUGCCCACUAUUUGGGUGGGGCGGUGCUGCAAACCUCCCUGUCAUAUCAGGGAUCUCCUUCCAAGCCUUGUCAGCCAUACCAACCUGCCAUACAGAUAUCAGCUUUUGGUCCAGGUCCUGGUGACCCCCUAACAAUGGCAAGUGGUAUUGCAGGCCACUCAUUCUAUGCACAGGGACAGACAGCUUUGUGCCCUUUCUGUCUCUCAGAUGAACGUCUGUGGUAUGAACCGGAACCGGGUCCUCCCAGAAACCCAGGUCAACAAUGUGAAGAAGAUACUACCACGCCCUUUGUCCAGGGUGAAUGGCUGGUCACCACCCCUCCACUCCUUCCAAGCAAUAACCUGGACCACCUAUCUGGCCAUGUCCAUUGUCACCUUUGGGAUCUUCAUACCCUUUCUACAAACUAGCUGGAAAUAUGCUGCCUAUGUUGUAUCCUUUGUGCUAGUGAUGGGUGUGUUGUCCCUGUUCCACCUCAUCGUGCACUUGAUUGCAACUACCAUCGAUCCAGCUGACACCAGUGUCCGACUCAAAAAGGACUACUCAGAGCCUGUGCCGACUUUCGACCGGUCCAAACACGCACAUGUGAUCCAGAACCAGUACUGCCACCUGUGUGAGGUUACUGUGAGCAAGAAAGCCAAACAUUGCAGCUCCUGCAACAAAUGUGUCUCUGGCUUUGACCACCACUGCAAAUGGCUGAACAACUGUGUGGGCAGCAGAAACUACCGGUUCUUCUUCUGCUCUGUGGCCUCAGCUGUAGUUGCCCUGCUUGGCGUGAUGGUUAUCUUGUUGUACAUCUUCAUCCAGUACUUUGUCAACCCCAAUGAGCUUCGCACAGACCCUCGGUAUAAAGAGAUCAGCUCUGAGAACACAUGGCUGCUGUUCCUCCCACUGUGGCCUGUGCCUGUGAAGAUCCCCCUGGUCCUUUUCAUCGCGGCGGUGGUGCUGCUGCUAGCCAUUGCCAGCUUUGUGCUGCUUGGGCACCUGCUCCUCUUCCACGUCUACCUGAUUGCCAAGAACCUGAGCACAUUUGACUAUAUGGUGCAGACCCGAUUCCAGAGGAAUUCACGUUCAGCAGAAAAGAAAGAGCCACCUCUGCGGAAAAAGGGGAACCUUUCCCAGGAAAAGAGUAACAACUUGAGCUGGUCUCAGGCCCCACCGAGAGUGGAGCCCCAGAAGUUCCUGCUGUCUACUCUUUCACAGCAGUCAAGCAUGUGUUUUAAGGCUCCAGCUCCAAAAGCAACUCCACAGUAAAGGGCUAGUGACAAGUAUGAGCCUCUCUCAGGAUGGCAGUAUCAGGCUGUCAGCCCAAGAUCAUGAGGAGACACCUCUACUCUGUGGCACAUGAUGCUGCUGAGCCGUGCUCUUCAGUGGAGUAUAUGUAUUACGUGUAUUUUGGACUUAAGAUAUCUUCAAUUUAUGAUGAGUUCCUCAGAAUGCAAACCCCAUUGUCAUUCAAGAAUCAUCUAUAUAGAAGAAUGUUAGCAAUGAUAGAAGCUAGGUGUUAAGUACAUAUGAAUUUUCACUUUCAAAUUUUCUAGAUGUUUGAAAAUUUUCACAAUAAAAUGUUGAGAUAUGAAUUGGUAAAAAUAAACAUGGCAAAAGUUCAUGUGUUAUGUGUGUUAUGUUGUGUAUAAUGUGGUCUAUAGUACAUAAUGUAUGUGUGGUUAUUUUGUGUGAUAUGUGGUGUGUGAUACCUAUACUAUCGCUGUAUCUGUAUGGUAUAUGGAGAGUUGUGUGUGUGGUGUUUGAGGUGUCUGUGAUGUGUGUGUGUGGUGUGUCUGGAGUCUGAUAAGUGAUGUCUGCUGUAUGAUGUCUUUGUGGUAUGUGGUGCAUCUAUGUGGUGUGUGAUAUGAUGUGUCCUGUGGAGUGUUAUAUGUGAUGUGUGUUAUGAUGUGUAUGCUGUUUGUGUCUGUGUGUUGUAUAAUGCAUCUGUGAGGUGUGUGAUAUGUCUAUAAUACAUCUGUAUGUGUCUGUGUGGUGCAUGAUAUCUAACAUGUGAUGUGUGUGGUGUUUCUGUGUGGUGUGUGAUGUAUAUGGUAAAUGUAUCUGUGUGCUGUUUGGUGUGUCUGUGGUGUUUGAUGAAUGUGGUAUGUCUGUGUGGUGUGUGAUGUGUAUGUGCAUGUGUGUCUGUAUGGUGUAUAGUGUGUGUGUGUUUACAAAGUCUCUGUCCUUUCCUGUGGAACAGUCCAAGAGAGCUGACUGAGUCAGACCCAUCUGCACUUGUAUCCCUCCUCUGGGGGCAGCUGCUAGUGGGUUCCUGGUGGUGGUGGCUGAAGAGGUAUGAAUUUUGAAAAAUUUGAAGGUUACUGAGGCUUCAUUUUGUGAGAAGGAAUUCACUUUGCUUCAGUCACUAAUGGCUUCUGAAAGAAUGCUUCCUAAUUUGCAGAGGGCUCCUCAGCUGCCUGGAGUGACCCUGAGGCUGCAGCAGAGUCCUCAGGGAUUCUUUUAUGGACCUUUCUUGACACAUGGUAGAAAUUCUGUUGUGGCCUGGCUGACCUACCCCAGACUCAGCCACUAAAAGUGAUGCUGGGUUAUGCCACAUCAUAGUAGGUAGCUCUGGAGCUUCCUUACUGCUUUCAUGAUUAUGAGACCCCCUGUCCCUGGUUGGUAUCAUCCUGGUGUUAUCUCAAGUGCUCCAUCUCAGGAGUGUCUGGUUUUAGUGAUGAGUUACUCAGGAACUCUAACCCACUGUGAUGCUUGGUAUGAUGUCAAAAAGCAGCAGCUCACAUCUAAAUCCACAAAUCCUCAUAGGCUCCAGGCACGCUAGAAAGGACACUGAAGGUCAUCAAUGCCGUUAAUGGGGAGUUCCACCUGCAAAAUGGGGCUUCUGGCAUGCCCCAUCAUGGAUCUGAGUUGUGUAUGAGUUUUCAUGGAUGUGAGAACAGCUUCAUGGUACAUGGUGCAGGGAACAGCACAGUGUCUUCAUGGGGUCUUCUGGGGUCACGGGGAAAAGCAUUUACAAAGGGGACAAAAGGUUACAACAAUGUGUGAUGAGUUCCUAACUAUGAACUGUACCUGAACAACAUUGCAGAGCUGAUGUCUACAAGUAUCCCCCUUCUCAUCUAGUUGGGGCCCCAAUGAAACUGUCAUUUAAGGCCACAGUUCCAACCAGUGCUGCUGAGUGUGGCAACCAAUUGCUGAUAUGUACCAGUACAAGUAGGUCUAUGUCCCUCAGCACAAUAAACUUACUGCUUCAAUGGGAUGGCUUUGCUGGGAGUCUCUCGGGCCACUGGGAGAGAUGAAAUCCACCUAGGAAGGAUACGCCUGGUAAGUUUGCUCUGCAGCAAUUCUUCUUGAACCCAGAGCAAAGAUAGUCCAAAGUGGGAUUGGAUGUGACUGACCAGAUCCUAAUACAUACAUACCCCUAGCCUGCUGGAGUCUGACACGAUCUCUCCCACUCACCAGUUGCUCUUGGGUCCAUCCAUUGUCGGGACCCCAUACCUUCCACUAAUGGAGCCUCAGCCAGAACCAGACUCUGGGAAGAUCAGUGUAGCGCUCUUCUCCAGGCACAGGUAUACCUGAGGCAGUAAUAAGGCCAGUGCUGACAGCCCUGCCUUUGAAGAGCUUAUCGGAGUCCAUCCCCAGUUUCCCUAGAGUCUCACAGAGAAAUUUUGAGGAAGCAAGGGACAGAAUGUAUGAAGUUGACUGUAGGUCACUGAGUUGACACUUGCAUCCAGAUAAGCUAGCACAGAUAUUCCUCUGCGUGUCCUGCAGCAGAUAACCCAUGCAGGUUGGAGGAGGAGCAGAUUGAAACUCAGCCUCAUCUGAGAUGUACAUUGCCUGUGUAGCCAUUAUCAGACUCUUGCUUAUCUGUUAUCAGGUAUAAUUCUGAUAAGUUAUAAAUUCUCGUUGCUGCCGUUGUGGUGGUUAGGGCUAGAUGAUGAGACCUAUCAACGUGGAAAAAGACCCAAGAGCUCACAGUUUUCACUCCACCUGCUGUGGGACAAAUUUUCAUCUGCAUUUAAAAACAUGAAUGCCCAAUACCUGACAGCAAUAUGCUAAAGUAGGCACAGUGAUGUUAAUGGAUCCAGCCUCAUAAAUCUCUAUCUAGUUCUAAAUUUUUCCAAGUUAACUGUGUCCUUUCUAAUGGGCACAAGUUGCUUUUCUCAGGCAAAGAACACAAAUUAUUAUUGUGGGUUCAAUAAGAUAUAGAAAAUUUUGUUGUCUAUAUUAGGGAACCAAAUUGCUGAUUUGAAUUUUUCACCCAGUAAAAAUUCUGGCUUAAUGAUUUGUGAAUUAAACAAAACAAAAAUUUAAGUAAUAAUACUUUAUGUAACCUCUUUCAGGAAGUGGAAAAGGAAG